AUGGCGCCCGGAAAGAGACCCCACGAUGUCAUCUCCAUUCAUUCGGAUUCGAGUGAGGACGAGGACGUCAGAUCUGCACGACCACACAAGAUGGCACGCCAUAACCAUGUGCGAUCAGCACCAAUAUACAACAUGGACGACUGGCUUGAGCAGCACAACAUGUCAGGAUCAGCGCGCACUGUUUCCGUCAAGCGUGAGAGCCAUGCUGUUCCACAGGCUCAAGCACGCGCACUCGCAACUACCCCUCAGACCAUUGACAGCGGUGACCUUGACCUUGGCCCGCCCUUCCAGUUGGACUUCAAUGAACUUCCAUUGGCUUAUGACGACGAGGUUUCUAAUUCUCAGGACGAUCCAAUUGUCAUCACCGACACUGCACCAACCCCUGAGCGCAGCCAAUUCGACCAAAUUCUUGAGGUAGUUCCUGACGUCUCCCAUGACCACGUCUCCCAAUUGCUCGACACUCACCACCACAAUCUCGAACGAGUUUUGGGUGUACUGCUCGAUAGCAAAUAUCCCAAGGAGAGCGAGAAGCGCGCUGCCGAAGAAGCAGCCAGAAAAGCUGCGCUGCAUGACCAGAAGGUGGCCGAAGAAGCCGAGAAGGAAAAGUUGCUCAAUCCUGAGUGCAUCUUCUCGGGUAAGAUGAAGGAUGUCAUCAUCGAGGUACUCAAGAACGAGUUCAACACAAUACCUGUCAAGUACAUCAAGGAGGUUCAAAAGGAUAAGAAGCAUCUCUAUCCUACCUAUCUGGCUCUCAACGAAGCGAAGCAUACCGAUCCUUGUCCAUAUGGCAAAACUCCCUGGAGACCUCUCAGAGAUAUCAACUUCGAUCUUCUCCAAGCCACCAAACACCAAAAGGCCAACAUUUCCGUGCUCAAGGAGCAGUUCGAGUCUGCCCAAAAGGCUGUCAUUGAAAUAAAUCUUCAGCGCCGCAAGAAGAACACGCAGAAGAUAAAGGAAGAAAUGGAGGCUGCCGCAAAGGCCCGUGAGGAGCAGUCGGCUCUGGAGCACGCCAAAGCCACCGGCACUGUCGUUGAAUGGCAAGUCAUCAUUGCUCGAUCAUUGUUGCUUGCUAUGACGAGUAUGCUCCCAACAAGAUCAUCAGAUGCAGCUCGGAAGACAAACACCCUUCUCAAGCUUACUUGUCCCGGUGGCUGCGACGACACCUUCUGCGAAUCCCAACUUCGUCUCGUCCCAGGUACCGAUGCACUCAUAGACAAGCUCAUGCGCCUCCGUCAAGAAAACGACCUUCGUUCUGCAGGUAUUGACGAUGUCGAGGGAUGUCCCUUCUGUGACUUCAAGACUGUCUGUCUUCCUAUCGACGUCGACUUUGAAUUCCAUUGUCAAUCUCCGACCUGCAGCAUCACCAGCUGUCGUAAGUGCAAGGAGAGGACGCACAUUCCCGAUUCCUGUGACGAGAACCAGCGCAAGCGUGACAAAGAGUCUGCUCUUAGCCACCGUCACAGAAUCGAGGAAGCCAGAAGUAAAGCUCUGAUUCGCAAUUGCAACAAAUGCAAACAAGCAUUCAUCAAGAGCGAUGGAUGCAACAAGAUGACCUGCUCUCAAUGCGGCAAUUUGCAGUGUUAUCUUUGCGGUGUGAAUGUGACUGCUAACUACGCUCAUUUUAACGCACCUGGUUCAAAGUGCCCUGUAUUUUCUGAGACCAUCAGUCUUGAUGCCAUGCAUGAGCAAGAGGUUAACGCAGCCGCCGAAGCUGCACAAGCAGAGGUUCUGCGUGAGCAUCCCGAACUUGACAAGAAUGACCUCGACAUCAGAUUCUCAGACAGCACGCCUGGUAUUGAGAAGCACAUGCCUGAUGUUAAUCAGCCUCAGAAUGUCCCAGCUGAUCAGCCUCAAAUGCCUCCAAUCGACUGGCCGCAGCCCAUGUGGGAUGACGGAUUUGAAAACUUGCUGUUCCGCGGAGAGGUGGCUCGUAUGCGCCGCCGUCAUCGUCCUGCCAAUCCUCACGCUGCGCCUGCUCUUCAUCCAGGAGACGAACAUGCACCCAAUCUGCCUCAACCACCUGCAGCUGAUCUAGCAGCUGCCAGACAAAGAGCUGCUGCCGAUGCCGCUGCCGAUGCCGCUGCUGUUGCUCAGGCUGAAAGAGAUCGAGCCAAUGCCCAGCAACCCAAUCCAGCUCGAGGUGGUCUCAUGAACGCCGAUCUUGAUGAAUUCGAUUUUGGCUUUGACGCUCAAGCAGACGCCCACAUACCCGGCUUCGAAGAGGACUACAACCAUGGUUAUCUGCAUCAACCUGCUGCUGACUGGGCAGCAGGAAAUGCAUAUUACCGCGCACAUGGACACCAUGAUCUCGAUUGGAUGAUGAACCCGGUUCAGCAGGCUCAGGCCAAUGGAGCUCCUCACGUCCCUGCCGCUGAUGCUCGGAAUGGCAACAAUUAUCCUGGUCACCACGACAUGGGAUAUGGCUAUGCUUGGUAG